AUGUGGUUAUUAUUUGUGUGGUCAUGGUUUGUGUGGUCAUUGUUUGUGUGGUCAUUGUUUGUAUGGUCAUUAUUUGUGUGGUCAUUGUUGGUGUGGUCAUGGUUUGUGUGGUCAUUGUUGGUGUGGUCAUGGUUUGUGUGGUCAUUGUUUGUGUGGUCAUUGUUUGUAUGGUCAUUAUUUGUGUGGUCAUGGUUUGUGUGGUCAUGGUUUGUGUGGUCAUUGUUUGUGUGGUCAUUGUUUGUAUGUCAAUGGUUUGUAUUGUCGUUGUUUAUGUGGUUAUUAUUUGUGUGGUCAUGGUUUGUGUGGUCAUGGUUUGUGUGGUCAUGGUUUGUGUGGUCAUGGUUUGUGUGGUCAUGGUUUGUGUGGUCAUGGUUUGUAUGGUCAUUAUUUGUGUGGUCAUUGUUGGUGUGGUUAUGGUUUGUGUGGUCAUUGUUGGUGUGGUCAUGGUUUGUGUGGUCAUUGUUUGUGUGGUCAUUGUUUGUAUGUCAAUGGUUUGUAUUGUCGUUGUUUAUGUGGUUAUUAUUUGUGUGGUCAUGGUUUGUGUGGUCAUUGUUUGUGUGGUCAUUGUUUGUGUGGUCAUUAUUUGUGUGGUCAUUGUUGGUGUGGUCAUGGUUUGUGUGGUCAUUGUUUGUGUGGUCAUUGUUUGUAUGUCAAUGGUUUGUAUUGUCGUUGUUUAUGUGGUUAUUAUUUGUGUGGUCAUGGUUUGUGUGGUCAUUGUUUGUGUGGUCAUUGUUUGUAUGGUUAUUAUUUGUGUGGUCAUUGUUGGUGUGGUCAUGGUUUGUGUGGUCAUUGUUUGUGUGGUCAUGGUUUGUAUGGUCAUUGUUUGUGUGGUCAUGGUUUGUGUGGUCAUUGUUUGUGUGUUCAUAG